CCGUCUCAGUGGGGUACGCAAAAGCAUGUUCGGUGUGUAUUCACGCAACUUUUACGUCGUUUUCAUUCCGCAGUCUACUAACGCAAUUCGACUCUGCGCAGGUUGCUUUGGGAAAUACAUCCCAGGUGAGGUCAGAUGCAGUGUAAAGGGAAAACGCAUUGUUGACAGGUGAACGGGAAUUUCAAACCAAUCUAAGAAGAAAUGGAUUUGAACAAAACUGUGCUGUGCGAAAGUCUUAUAAUUUGGUUGCAGACAUUCAACACCGCGGCGCCAUGUAAGACUGCGCUGGACCUGACUACUGGAGUUGCCAUGUCCCAGGCGCUCCAUCAGAUAGACCCCACAUGGUUCAGUGAAAGCUGGCUGAGCCGUAUUAAAGGAGAUGUGGGUGACAACUGGCGACUAAAGAUGAACAACCUGAAAAAAGUGCUUCAGAUGAUGGUGGAUUACUAUAACGAGGUUCUGGCCCAACAGAUUUCUGAUUUCCCCCUGCCGGAUCUGGUCCUAGUGGCCGAGCACUCUGACCCUGUGGAGCUAGGGCGCCUCCUACAGUUGAUUUUGGGCUGUGCUGUCAAGUGUGAAAGGAAACAAGAGUACAUUCAGAUCAUUAUGACUUUGGAGGAGUCAGUGCAACAUGUCGUGAUGACUGCCAUUCAGGAGCUGAUGAGCAGGGAAACGAUGACACAGUUUGGAGCAGAACCUCUUGGGGACGUUGAACUGCAGCUGAAGAAGGCCAUGGAGGAAAUGGCGGAGCUCGUGGCACAGAAAGAAGAGCUGGCACAGAGGUGCCAGGAGCUGGAUGUUCAGGUCACUAUUCUUCAGGAGGAGAGGAACAGCCUGCUGGCGGAGAAUGAUGUGCUGACGGACCGGGCCAACCAGCUGGACUCCUUCGAUGACCCCAGCACCCCCUCAGGGAAGAAGCACAGCCAGCUCCAGCUGCAGCUUGAACAGCUGCAGGAGGAGAAUUUCAGACUGGAGGCUGCUAAGGAUGACUACCGCAUCCACUGUGAGGAGCUGGAGAAGCAGCUUAUUGAGGUUCAACAUCGCAAUGAUGAGCUGACCAGCCUGGCAGAGGAGUCCCGCUCCCUCAAGGAUGAGCUGGACAUCCUGAGGAGCUGCUCGGACCGGGCCGUCAAGCUGGAGGCCUCAGUGGAGACCUACAGGAAGAAGCUGGAGGACCUGAGUGACCUGCGGCGCCAGGUGAAGACCCUGGAGGAGAAGAACAUGACCUACAUGCAGAACACCGUCAGUCUGGAGGAGGAGCUCCGCAAGGCCAAUGCGGCCCGCACGCAGCUGGAGACCUACAAGAGACAGGUCCAGGAGCUGCACAGAAAGCUGUCGGAGGAAUCCCGCAGGGCUGAUAAUUUGGCCUUUGAAAUGAAGAAGUUUGAGGAAAAGCAUGAAACUGUGCUAAAAGAAAAAGAGAGGAUAAUUGUCGAGCGGGACUCCUUAAAAGAGACUAAUGAGGAGCUGCGUUGCACACAAGCCCAACAAGAUCAGCUCUUGCAAGCAGGACUUUUUCCUGCUGGAAGUCCAAGCCACGACAACCUCGCUGCUGAAAUCUUGCCUAUAGAGUUCAGGGAGAAGUUCAUUCGACUGCAGCAUGAGAACAAGAUGCUGCUGCUGCAGCAGGAGGGCUCGGAGAACGACCGCAUCGCCGAGCUGCAGGUUCAGCUCGAGGAGGCUCACCGCCACAAAAGCGGACUGGACACCGAGAAGAGGUUGAACCAGGAAAGGAUCCGUGAACUGCAGCUUCAAGUGGAGGAUCUCCAGAAAGCCCUGCAGGGGCAGGGAGCCAAGACUGAGGACUCUCACCUGAAAAAGAAGCUUGAUGCUCACAUGGUCCAGUUAAAUGAAGCCCAGGAUGAGAUUAUGAAGAAGAAGGAGCUGAUAGAAGACCUGCAGCCAGACUCUGCACAGACCACACUGAAGAUAGACGAGCUUCUGGCUGCCCUCAAGAAGAAGGACGAGGACAUGAGAGCAAUGGAGGAUCGCUACAAGAUGUACCUGGAAAAGGCCCGCAAUGUGAUAAGGGCCCUGGAUCCCAAGCUGAACCCAGCCAGUGUUGAGAUCCAGUCCCUGAAGAAUCAGCUUGCUGAGAAGGAUAAGAGAAUCAUCAAUCUGGAGCGCGAGUGUGAGCAGGCGAAACUUCGAGAAUACGAAGAAAAGCUGAUCGUUACUGCGUGGUACAACAAGAGCCUGAGCUUCCAGAAACUUGCCAUCGAAUCCCGGCUGGCGGGCCGCUCCUCUUCCUCCAUCGUGCCGCCCGGCCAGUCCUUCCUGGCACAGCAACGGCAGGUGACCAACGCUCGGCGCCCGGUCUCCGUCAACGCGCCGGCCGCGUCCUCCAAGUAGCACUUCCGCGCCACCCCCCUCCACCCCCCAUCCCCCCCCAAAUGCACCCUCAAGUGACCUUAAGCACACCGCUGUCAGCUCCCUGAAGCCACUUCCUGGAGACACGCAUGCGACAAUGCGAACACUUGGCGCUUAGGCCGGAAACAUACCCUGCAUAAAGUACGCAGACGCAGACAGAGCCGGUCACUGGCGUCGUCGCGUCCUGAAACGCGUCACCUGAAAUCCUUGACGCGACGCAAGCGAGAGUUGCAGUGUCAAGCAUCGCAGCUAGGGGGCGCUGUAGCAGGCAACGGCAGGAUGAAGCCGUCUCCUUCGGUUUGUGCUCUCUUCGGCUCCGUCUUUCACAGCCGCCCUGGAUCGCCCCCUUGAGGACUCGGGCUUGUUGACUCCCCGUGGACAUGAGAACGCAUGUUGAGCGUGCGACUGAGCCGCGCGUUCGCAGCGCGUUGUCGUUCGCGUACUUGCGUAGGGUCAUGUUUCCGGCCUUAGGGCCCUCAUUUCAGCUUUCCCUGGCUGCUGGCUGCAGGCCUAUACCUGGACUCUAUUUUGAUUAAGGUACGUCUGCCAACUGAGAUCAGGUCUAACUGGCAGGUUUAGUGAAUGGAUAUUGAUUUUGGAACUGAUCAAGCUUUUAUUUAUCUUCUCAUGUCAUAUCAUAUUCAUAUUAAGUCAGGGAAAUAACUAAUAACUUUUUAAACUUGUAUAUAUAUGUGUGUGUAGUGCAGGAAGAUUCAAAAUCAAAUGAAAAGCAACAGAUGUUGCGUUUAUAUUUAUACCUCCAGUCAAUGUCCAUUUCAGCUGUGGGGUUUUUAAAACAAUAAUUAACCUAGAUGAUUUGAGGAGUGACUGAACUAUUAUCAAUCGAAUAUAACUUCCAGAAAUGAAUUGUUGUGUAAUCCUUUGACUAAGCUAUGCAGUUUGGAGAUGAGUCUAACAUUAAUUGAACAAUGUCCUUGGUGAAAGUUUUCAGACUAGAGCCAUCUCUGUGAAAAUUAGGUGUAUAUAUAUAACAUUAAAAACAAAGGCAAAUUGGUGCUGGACAUCAUAAUUUCUCUUUUGUGGCGCAUAGAAUUUUGCUCUCCUUGUGCAUUACAGAAAGGAGUUCCUGAAAGAAAGAAAAAUAAAAUAUAUUGCAAACAUUGACAUGUUUCUCUUGGAGAAAGUGACUGAAAAUGAGCAGAGGGACUGCAAAGAAAUGUUGAUGAAUUUUAAAUGAUUAGUUUGUACAAAAUGCGAGAUGACUACUGCAUGCUCUGUGGAAAUCAUUUAAGAGCCUUUUUUUCUACAGCUGUGUUGUAUCUUAAGUGUUUAGCAAGGAUUCUAUUUGGUCAACAUAUCAAAGUAAACCGGGUUUAUAUGCCAGCAUUUGAAAAGACAUAUAUAUAUUCAUUCUGAAAUUGGAAAACUAAGAAUUUCAGAAUAUUUAUAGUUUGGUUAUGGUUUUAGUGUGACCAAUUGGUAUACAUAUCCAUGAUGCAUUAUGAAUGUGACUUGCUGUUCUUCAUAGAAUUUUUGAUUGACAGUGGGUAGGAACUGCGAUAGGUAACAGGCACGGCCCAAGAUGUCUGUGUGUGAGAGCGGGGCCUAAGCUGGACCACAGGGCAUCAGGAACUCAGAAGCACUGGCCUGCCCUGUGCUACUUUUUGUGUUGGCUUAAUUUGCUCAAGCUGAAGUGUUGCCUAGAAAGCUGCAGUGUCAAAUUCACUUUUACCUGUUUGUUUAAAAAUACAUGAACCGAAUCAGAAGAAAUUACAUUUGCUUAAAUGUUAGGUGGAAUUAGUCUCGAAAUAGUUGGUCUGGAUUGAACCAAAAUUGUGACUCCGAUUCCGCUGAUUGUCAGAGAAAAAUAUCCUAACUGUGAAAUGUAAUUUACCAAUGGAGUAAACAUUAGGAUGUACUUUUUAAAGCCUUCGAAAUUCAUAAAAAAUAAAAGUUUGAAUUUUCUAAAGAGG